UCACCUUAAAGGUGUUUUGCCUGGCUUGCUCAGCUGUCUAUUUCAAAAUUGCUUACAUGUUGCUUUCCAGAGGAAUUCAGAGAUACAGAAGGAGAAUGAUUGCUUCUAACUUCUAGAUUUCAAAAUCAAAAUAGUAGAAGCUCAGGACUUUGAUUGUGUAUGACUUCUUCUGUGCUGUACAGGGUCUUUUUGAGGGGUAGGCUGCUGGCAAGAUACUUCUAAAUCAGACACACCUUUGGGUUGGGCUAUUUUGGAAACUAAGUGAUUAAUGAGGCUCAAGUAUGGUCUGCUAGGAACAAGUGAUUUUAUUUUGUGUUUUUACAUGUACUUUGAUCAGCUGAUGCAGCUGACUGACAGUCUCCUCUGUAAGUAACUGAGGGUGGAGGAGUGGUGACCUGCAGUGAGCCUUUCCUGACUUCUUUCCGAAGUGGGGAUUGCAGGCUUUCAGGCAGCUAGACAAGAGAGAAAAAGGGACGUGAUAUGGGGGUACCUUUAUUUGGGGAGAGCAAUCCCUUCUAUUCCCGGAUCUGGAAUGGACUAAGUCAGAAGCUGCAAGGCAAAAAAUCCUGGGAUAAACAUCUGGAUGAAAUCUACUUACUCCAGCAGAAAAGGAUCUGGGAAUCCCCACUCCUCCAGGCUGCCAAAGAGAAUGACCUUGCUGCCAUUAGGAAACUUCUCACUGACGGAACAUGUGAUAUCUAUCAGAGAGGUGCUGUGGGAGAGACUGCCCUUCAUGUAGCUGCCAUAUAUGAUAACUUGGAGGCAGCAGUGGCUUUGAUGGAAGCAGCUCCUGAGCUUAUCAAUGAGAGGAUGACAUCAGAACUUUAUGAAGGGCAGACAGCUCUCCACAUUGCAGCAGCCAACCAGAACACCACGUUGGUGAAGGCUUUGCUUAAGAGAGGAGCCAAUGCCAGCACAGCCAGGGCCACUGGGCACUUCUUCAGGCGCAGCUCCCAGAACCUUUUCUAUUUUGGAGAGCAUGUUUUAUCAUUUGCUGCCUGUGUGGGAAAUGAGGAAAUUGUGCAGCUGCUCAUUGAAAAUGGAGCUGACAUUAGAGCUCAAGAUUCUCUGGGUAACACUGUUCUUCACAUCCUGGCUCUCCAGCCUAAUAAGACGUUUGCCUGCCACAUGUACAGCCUGAUACUUUCCUAUGACAGGAACAAAGAGGGACCAGGGUCACUUGAACUGAUUCCUAACAAUGAGGGACUCACUCCAUUCAAAUUGGCUGGAGUUGAGGGCAACACUGUGAUGUUUCAAUACCUUAUGCAGAAGCGGAAGCAGAAUCUCUGGUCCUUUGGCCCCUUGACCACUGUGCUGUAUGAUAUCACAGAGAUUGACUCCUGGGCUGAAGAUCAGUCCUUCCUUGAGCUCAUUGUAUCCACCAAGAAGAGAGAGGCACGCCAGAUCUUGGACCUAACACCUGUGAAGGAGCUGGUGAGCCUGAAGUGGAACAUGUAUGGUCGUCCCUAUUUCUGUUUCCUGGCCUUAUUCUACAUCCUCUACAUGGUCUGCUUCACCAUGUGCUGCGUCUACCGGCCUCUGAAACCCCGAACAGGCAACAGAACCAGCAGCAGGGACAACACAGUCUAUGUCCAGAAAAUGCUUCAGGAGUCAUACGUGGCAUAUGAGGAUGAGCUGAGGCUGGUGGGGGAGCUGAUCACAGUCAUUGGAGCUGUAGUAAUUUUGGUUCUCGAGAUUCCAGAUAUCCUUAGAGUUGGAGCAGCGAAAUACUUUGGGCAAACAAUCCUAGGAGGGCCUUUCCACAUAAUUGUCAUCACAUAUGCCUGCAUGAUUCUGGUGACCAUGGUGAUGCGUCUCACCAGCACGACUGGGGAGGUGGUGCCCAUGUCCUUCGCCCUGGUGCUGGGAUGGUGCAAUGUCAUGUACUUCGCACGAGGCUUCCAGAUGCUCGGACCUUUCACCAUCAUGAUCCAGAAGAUGAUAUUUGGAGAUCUUAUGCGCUUUUGCUGGCUCAUGGCUGUGGUGAUAUUGGGCUUUGCAUCAGCUUUUUACAUCAUCUUCCAGACAGAGAACCCUGAAAACCUUGGGCAGUUCUACAACUAUCCCAUGUCCUUGUUCACCACCUUUGAGCUGUUCCUCACUAUCAUUGAUGGCCCUGCAAACUAUGAUGUGGACCUGCCCUUUAUGUACAGCGUGGUGUACUUUGCUUUCGCCAUCAUUGCCACCCUCCUUAUGCUCAACUUGUUAAUUGCCAUGAUGGGUGACACCCACUGGAGGGUGGCCCACGAGCAGGAUGAGCUCUGGAGAGCCCAGGUUGUUGCUACUACUGUCAUGUUGGAGCGGAAACUGCCACGGUGCCUCUGGCCCCGCUCAGGAAUCUGUGGGCGGGAAUUUGGGCUGGGGGAGCGAUGGUACCUCAGAAUUGAAGACAGGGUUGAUCCCAACAAACACAAGAUGAUGCGUUACACAGAGGCAUUUAAGGCUCAGGAUAGGGAUAACUAUGAAAAAGGGUCAGAAAAGCUGGAAACCAAUGGCGACACCCUGUGCAAGAAGGAUCUGUCUGCUCUGUCACUGUCACGGAGCACAUCCAGAACUAGUUCUCACCGUGGCUGGGAGAUCCUGAGGCGCAACACCUUCCGCCAGCUUUGUGGAGAGGUGGGGCCUGCCGUGGACGAGGAGGUCUAUGAUGUCUAAGAAGCCUCUAUUUUCACGCCACCAGAUGGAUCCCUUUUGCCACGACGACAGUUGUCUUUUACAGCUGCUCAUACACUCCCCGUCAUGCCACAUACAUUCAUCAGCCUUGAAGAACCCUGCUGGUGAAGAUUUUGUGAGCAGUUCAUGGCAUCUGUGCUAUGAUAAAAGGAUGCAGUUUUUUCUCUCCUACUUCUAAGUGUCUCUGCAAUUGCACUGAUUGCACCGAGCUGGUGGGCUUGUUGAGCUGUGUAAUGCAAAUGAUCAAAAGAAGCCUGCAAUGGGAUUUCAUCCAUUUACGAAGAAGUGAUCAGUAGGCCCUCUUCCAGACUGUUACAUAGAGUAUAAUCUUUCCCCCCAGUUUCACAAAAUUGCAAUGCUCUCAUAGCACAGAAUGACUGAAGUUCUGAUUUAUGAUUUGGUACAGAAGAGAAAAAAACCCCAAACCCUCAAAAACCCCACAAACCCUGUAACUGAUCUCAGGAAUGAAGGUAGUUGUUGACACUGUGAUGAUUAAAAAGGACUGUAACUACUGAGCUGGCAUUCAGGGCCUGACAGAUGUUGCCCUCUGAAGAAAGGCGGUCUCCAUUAACUGCAGUUUCAGCAUUUCUGGCUUAGCAGGACUGUUUUGGUUUGGUUUGCUUGUUUGGAUUUUUUAUUGGUGAUGGAUAUUUUUGUUUGUUUGUUUUAAUUUUUUGUCACAUGAAUGCACUUUAAGCUUUUGAGAAGAAGUGAUUGCUACUCCUGUGAGGAUUCUGAAGUGGGAACUUUUUUUCAGAUUGAGAGAGUGUAUGAGCUGGUUAGGUGACUUCCAGCAGUGUGAAAUUUCAGCAGAGAUAUUUAUCUCCAAAGUAAGCUAAAGCUGGUCUUUUGUUUUCUGUGGAAGAAUAGGUUUCCGGACCACAGUUCCCUGACUUAUAACUGAGCCAUCAAGGUUGAGUAGUGAGCUCCUAUGUAACACGGAAAGAAAUGGUGAGGAGAUGUUGGAUAGAUGAGUAAGAGCUAUUGCAGAGACAGUUCAGAAACUGGUAUUCUCUCUCUCUGUCUCUCUCUGAAAGUCUAAAACUAUCCAGUAAACAACUGAGGCACCCACACAGAUCCCUUCCAGGCAUGAUGCUGUGCCAGUCUGUCGGAUUACCAUCUGCCUCAGGCCACUUUAAGAAAAAUGAAGGAAUAUUCAGAGAAAUGGGCAGUCAUUUCAGGUUUUAUUUGUAUCCUCAGGAGUGUGGAGUUUCAUUCCAGUAGCAGAAGUUAAGCAGAAAGCAAUCCACGGUCUUAACAUUUCCUUCCAACAGGACUAAUAACAGCAACUUUGUUCUUUAAGAAAUUAAAGACUAUUAUCUAGUGCUAGACUUUGAGCCAAAUCACCCUGUGAUAAUCAAAGCAGACAAUGAAAAAGCUGACCCCAGUGGACUUCUGAUUGUAUUGAAAUAUCACUGCAAACCUCUCCCACACCUUCUCACUUGCAGGUGCUGUAAUGAGUAUCAUGAUUGUUGCAAUCGUAUGUAUUUAUUUAAAUGGCCACUUUCUCUUACUUGAAUGUAUAUUUUUUUUGUGCUCCAGUGGAAGACAGACAGAGGGCUGUCACUCUGGAAUUCAACUGUAUGCUUUUGAGUUGACUCAUGUUAUUGAAUUGAAGGUGUUGCCUGGUCUCAGUCAUUGAAGUGCUGUCCGUCCUUCCCAAAACCUUUGGCCUUCAUACUGGUGAUCUUUGGAAAUGGGGGCAAUGUGAUAUGUUAACCAGAACUGUGAAAUGUUGCUCUGAUUGUAGAUGAAUUUUAUUUCAUAGCGAAUAGGAAAUAGGAAGAAGGGGAGAACUGAUGAUCUCCCCAUUUCCCCAUCCUAUCCUUGGCCCCAAACACAGUAGAAUUUUUUGAAAACCACUGAAACACAAUUAUGAUGGAACCAUGUACUGUCAUUUCUACAGAAGAAAUCCCCCAUGUGACAAAAUAAUAAUAAUAAUAAUAAUAAUAAUAAUAAUAGUAAUAAAAUUAAAGGUAGUUUGAAGUACAAGCUGUGUAAGCCCUGGUUCUGAUUUUGCGUUCUUCUUCGUUGCUAUAAAUACUGAGAAAUUUGAUCUUGCAAAUUAAAGCAAUACUUUGACAUUGCAGGAGGCAGAACAUAACUAAUUUACCAGUGCCAGGCCUUUUUUGAUUUUGGUACCUGUUCUCCAUAAAAAGAAAAGAAAAAAAGCCAGGAGCAGGUUUUCUUAAGGAAGUGCCUUCUUUCAUAAAAUUGCAUCCUGUGAUAGUUAGCUUUCAAACUCCCUGCACAGAACCCCUGCAUACAGCAGCAUCAGAACUGUGUAAUUGAUUUUCUGACUUUGGAAUUGCAUAAUAUAAAUAGGAUAGACAAUCAUAGAAUCAUAGAAGGAAGGGGCUUUUAAAGGUCAUGUAACCCAGAAACUGAGCAGGCACAUCUUCAACUGGAUCAGGUUGCGAAAGCCCUGUCCAACCAGACCUUGAAUGUUUCCAGAGAUGGGGCAUCUAUCACCUUUCUGGGAAAACAGUUCCAGUACUUCACCACCCUUGUUGUUAAAAAAUUUCUUACUGGCUCCUAUUGGAAUUUGACUUCCAGUUUCCUAAAACAACUUGCAUAUUAAAAAAAAAUCCUGGAAAAAGACCUUGUGCAAAAGUGGACAGAAUAUUUUACCAAUAGUAAAUUGAUCCCCCAGUCUUCUGUUGAUGAUCAGUGAUGGAGACCAUUUUAUAAUAAUUUUAUAUAUUUAUAUAAUUUAUAAUAACAGCUACAGAGGAAAAUUAGAAGUGUGAAAAUUCAGCAGAUGUAAUGGGCACACCAGUUGUUGGAAAUACUAAAUUUAAUAUGUCAUUGUGGAAUACUUAGCCUCUUUCAUUAGGACAUAUAUACAUGAAGUGUAUAAUCAUGUAAAUCUCAGGUGAUGAAGUAAUGGGAGGCACUGGAAUAACUUUUGAGCUGUUUCAAUGCAGUCUGGCUCUGACUCAGCAAUAGCAGUGACUGCCGUCACACAGAGGCAAAGCACUUUCGCUGUAAUAUUCUGCAUGAAUGUGCUGCUUCAAGAUUUGCUUCAAGUUUUGUGCUUUUUGAUGUACUUAUAUCCUAAAAUUCUGAAACAGUAUUGCUAUUCCUUGCUGUUGCAAGGUGUCUUUCCUCUCCCUCCUAACAAUAUUGCAAUGAUUUCAAAGCAGACAUUCCUCCCCUCCCUGAAAGUGCUAACCUCAAACUGUCCUCUACGUUACUGAAGUUUAUGAUAAUGUGAUGAGAAUGAAUGUUUUGAUCCAGUUGCUUGUAGUUAAAUGAGGUCUAUUUUGCCGACAAUAAAAAUAUGAAGUAUCUUGA